CAUAACCUUAAAUGUAAAUGUUUUGGAUGGCGUCGGUUUGUUCGCGAAUUUAUGUUUAACAUUUCGUAUAUUUGUAAUUUUAUACACGCAUCCAUAAAAAAACAAAAAUUUAUUACUGUAGGAAUUAAAAUAUAUUCUAGAACUGUCUAACAUCGUGAAAAAUAAUAUUUCGAAUUUAGUGAAAGUGGUUUUAACAAAAUUAUCCGAUAAAGUUUUAUGAAAUGGUAAGAGGAUCUGGCAGAGGCCGCGGAAUGCCUGGUAGGGGUGGAAUGGGGCGUCCGCCCUUCAGCAGACCGAGGGUUAUGAUGCUCCGGCCUCCAUUUGACCUGAUUCUUGCAGAACCGGCAUUUCCACGAUGCAAACCCGCUCCUGACGACACUGCUUUGACGCAGGCAUUAUUGAAGAGGCAUGCGGAGCUCUGCCCCACGCCAGCCGAGCAGGCAGCUGUACUCAGCCUUGUGACCAAGUUGCAGACAGUAUUGGACAAUAUAGUGGUCGCGCCUGGGGACUUUGCUGCUUGUCAAUUGGAAGAGGUGAGACAAGUUGGUUCAUACAAGAAAGGCACGAUGAUGGCGGGCAAGAAUGUAGCCGAUAUAGUAGUCAUCAUGAAGACGCUACCCACCAAAGAGGCUGUUGAAGGACUGUCGAAUAAGGUGAGCGAGGAGCUGAACAAGCUGAUGCGCGCGGAGGGGCUCGGCAACGCGGGCAGCGCGUGCCAUGAGCGCGGCUUCACCGUGAGCACGGGCGGCGGCGCGCAGGCCAGCAGCGCCGUGCGCGUGCUCGUCACCACGCUGCACCAGAACCUCAGGAAGCUGGAGCCGGAGGUGCAUUUGGACUACAAGGUGAUCAGCAGUCACUUGGCGGCCAUCAGACACAGCCGGUGGUUUGAGGAGAACGCCCACCACUCGUCGAUUAAGGUACUGAUCCGCCUACUGCGCGACAUGUGCGCCCGUCACUCGGGCCUCGAACCGCUGACCCCCUGGAUGAUAGACCUGCUCGCGCACCACUGCAUCAUGAGCAACCCCCAGCGGCAGGUGCUGCCGAUCAAUGUCGCUUUCAGACGCGCGCUGGCGCUGCUCGCCGGCGGGCUGUUCCUGCCGGGCUGCGCCGGGCUGCCCGACCCGUGCGAGGCGGCGCACGCGCGCGCGCACACCGCGCUCGACCUGCCCGCGCAGGACCACGCCGCCGCCACCGCGCAGACGCUGCUGCGCGUGGUGGCCCGCGGCGGGCACCGCUACGUGCUCGGGCUGCAGGCAUUCGAGGGCGGCAAGGACAUCUCCACGGAGAUCACCGUGUGGGACGGCGUCGUGGUGUCCCCGCUGGCCCCGGCCUACCAGGAGACGCCGGAGCCGAUGGACACGGAUGAUAAAGAUGAAGAGGUCCCAGAUGGCGUAGCUGCGUAGUUUGUAAGAAAAUUGUGAUGUAAGAUCUUAAAUAAAUUUUUAUUUAACUUUAAAA